AUGGCUAAGCCACAAAGCUCCUACCUUGUGUGCCUAGCAUUUUCUUUAGUUUUCAAUCUAUUAUUGAUCUCUAAACUAUAUGUGGGUAGAGAGUGGGAACUGAGUUGGAGCAGAAGGGCAGCAGAAGAAGCUGAGUAUGUGGCAGCCAUCUCUUGCUCAGGGCAUGGAAGAGCCUACUUGGAUGGGUUAACUCUUGAUGGCAAGGAGCCUGUUUGUGAAUGCAAUUCUUGCUAUGGAGGCCCUCACUGCUCUGAGUUUUUGACUGGUUGUGCAGCAAAUGCUGACAGUGGGGAUCCAUAUUUCUUGGAGCCAUUUUGGAUGCAACAUGCAUCAAAAAGUGCACUUGUAGUAGCAGGUUGGCAUCGAAUGAGCUAUACCUUUGCUGAUCAAUCUUACAUCUCAGCAGAGCUUGAGAGGCACAUUCGCAAACUUCAUGCCAUCGUUGGAAAUGCCGUGACUGGAGGAAAAUACAUUGUUUUUGGUGCUGGCUCAACCCAACUUCUCAAUGCUGCAGUUCAUGCACUUUCUUCCCAUAAUUCAAGCUCCUCCUCCUCGCCUGCAAGUGUUGUAGCUUCAAUUCCUUAUUAUAAUCUUUACCAAAUGCAAACGGAGUUUUUUCGAUCGACGGACUAUGUAUUUCGUGGAGAUGCAUCCUUGUUGCAGAACAUCUCAGAUGCUACUAAUGUUAUUGAGUUUGUUACCUCACCAAACAAUCCUGAUGGCCAGCUGAAUAAGGCAAAUGUUCAAGGUCCAAAUGCCAAAGCAAUCUAUGAUCGUGUCUAUUACUGGCCACAUUUUACAGCAAUUCCUACUCCAGCAAAUGAUGAUAUCAUGAUAUUUUCAAUUUCUAAGCUCACUGGCCAUGCUGGCAGCAGAUUCGGGUGGGCAGUGGUAAAGGAUGAGUCUGUGUUCCAAAAGAUGACCAUGUAUACGCUCAUAAAUAGCAUGGGUAUUUCUCGAGAUGCUCAGCUGAGAGCUUUGAAGGUUUUGAACGUAGUCCUUGAAGGGGGAGGAAAGGAUAUUUUUGAAUUCGGAUAUAACACUUUGAGAAAGCGUUGGGAAAAAUUGAGCAACAUCCUCUCUGUAUCAAAUCGCUUUAGUCUGCAAAAAUUUGCACCCAAAUACUGCACCUUUUUCAAGAAAACCAGAGGACCUUCACCAGCUUAUGCAUGGGUGAAGUGCGAGAGGGAAGAGGAUAAAGAUUGCUAUGCAGUCCUCCAAGAAGAAGCCAACGUUUACGGGCGUAGAGGUUCUCAUUUUGGUGCUGAAGAUCGAUUUGUGCGUCUCACCCUCUUAAGGAGCCAAGAUGAUUUUGAUUUAUUGCUUCAACGACUCAACCAAUUAGUCUUGGAAGAAAGUCAUCGCAACGCUAUUUUGUCCACGAUUUGAAGACAAAUUAGCCACAUGUUUAUUAGAAGCCAAUUAUAUUCAACACUUCUCUUCAAGUACGGACAAUAUAUAUGUAUUUGA